AGAAUUUCUCUUUCCGUCGCUCUAAUCGUGAGUUGAACAUGUCGUAUGCAGCAGAUAGAAGAAAUGACUGGCCUGCGGACGAGUCCAAAAAUGGCCCAGAAAAGGACGCAUAUGAAGGACCUCCAGGAAUGGAACCCGAUGGCGUUAUUGAGUCGAACUGGGAGCAGGUGGUUGAGAACUUUGAUGACAUGAAUUUGAAGGAAGAGUUAUUGAGAGGCAUUUAUGCAUAUGGUUUUGAAAAACCAUCUGCUAUUCAGCAGCGAGCUAUCAUGCCUUGCAUUAAAGGCCACGAUGUCAUUGCUCAGGCACAGUCAGGUACUGGAAAAACGGCAACCUUCUCAAUAUCAAUCCUCCAGCUCAUUGACACUUCACUUCGUGAAUGUCAAGCAUUAAUCUUAGCACCAACCCGAGAGUUGGCACAGCAGAUCCAGAAGGUUGUGAUUGCAUUAGGGGAUUUUAUGAAUGCACAGUGUCAUGCCUGUAUUGGUGGGACAAAUGUUCGUGAAGAUAUGAAGAAGCUGGAGAUGGGUGUUCAUGUUGUAGUUGGAACACCAGGCCGAGUAAUGGACAUGAUUAACAGACGAGCCCUAAGAACAAAUAGCAUUAAGCUGUUCGUAUUAGAUGAGGCUGACGAAAUGUUGUCCCGUGGUUUCAAGGAUCAGAUAUACGAUGUAUUUAAGACUCUUAAUCCAGAAAUACAGGUCAUUUUGCUGUCAGCUACAAUGCCUGCUGAUGUACUUGAGGUGACAGGUUACUUCAUGAGGAAUCCUGUUCAGAUUUUGGUGAAGAAAGAAGAGCUUACACUUGAAGGUAUCAAACAAUUUUUCAUUAAUGUUGAACGUGAAGAUUGGAAGCUGGACACAUUGUGUGACUUGUAUGAUACUCUUAGCAUCACACAAGCUGUCAUAUUUUGCAAUACACGUCGUAAGGUGGAUGCGCUCACUGAAAGUAUGCAUAAACGUGACUUCACGGUUUCAGCAAUGCACGGUGACAUGGAGCAAAGAGAGAGAGAUGUUAUUAUGAGACAGUUCCGAACCGGUUCGAGUAGAGUUCUAAUUACUACAGACCUUCUUGCUCGUGGUAUAGAUGUACAACAGGUUUCGCUAGUUAUAAACUAUGAUCUGCCAUCUAAUCGAGAAAACUACAUACACAGGAUCGGUCGAGGUGGAAGGUUUGGCCGAAAAGGUGUAGCUAUCAACUUUGUGACCCAAGAUGACAGGCGUACGCUGGAGGACAUUGAGAAAUUCUACAACACGCAUAUUGAUGAGAUGCCUAUGAAUGUAGCAGACUUGAUCUAAGUCUAGUGCUGUUCUGUAUUGCCUCGAGUUUUCUGAUGGUGUGAGUAUCGAGGUUCUGGCCGCACCUAUGGUUUCUGGACUGUCGUGAUAGCGAAUUAUCGUACUUCGCUGGUCGGCUCUCGAUGCACACUUUAUUCUCCAGGCAUCCACGCAGAUUAGUGCUGUUCUUGGAUCCUAUCUGAGAGACUUGCAUAUGGGGUGUUGGGGGUUGGACUUUGCCAUCCCUCCCCCCCAUAAAGUGAUUGUUUCUUUUGUCGGGGUGCUGAAUUUGACAGCCCCUGAUUGACUGAAUUUGGUGUCGUGUUUAAAAAAACUAACAGGCAGGUUAUUUGUAUGUUGAUUCGUUAAGCUCCUGUUUUGUGUUACUUUUUUUAGAUAUAAAAUUGCCUUGUGACGGGUUCAGUUUGCGUUAUCAGGCUCUCAGUGCAUGAGAGAAAACUAAUACUGAAAAUAAGUCAGCUGACUGUAUUUAUAUUGAACUUUGGACCUGACUGUGCUUCUGUUGAAGUUCCUCCUUCAACCAUAUCUAUUUUUAGUGCUUUCCUGGGUAGAAAAGAUGUCUUUGUAUUCAUAUUCUGUAAAACAUAUUUCAUCAUACGUCAAAUGGGUGAACGAAAACUUUUUAAAAUCAGGCAAACAGUUUAACAAUUACACAGUGAAAAAACUCAGAAUGAUGUCAUUUUAUUGCCGAUUCCAAAAUACACAUUUAAUUUGGUUUCAUACUCUGGUAUUUUGUUGUCUAGGAAGAUGUUUGGUUGGAUUUUGGAAAGGAUAUUUUAAUCAAAAAAGAUGCAGGAGACGAUCUAAUUUAAUGCUUAGUUUCCAAGAAAAUCAUUUUUGUAUAAUCUUAUUUAGUGCGCUAAUAAAAAUUAUUAAAUUACAUUGUUUUGCUUGUUAAUCAAUUGAAACCCUGUUUGAACAUGGAUUGCUUUACUGCGUCAGUUAUUCAGAUUUUUUGUGUUUUAAGGAUAGGCAAGCUAUUAUAUUCAAACUGCUUUUCUGUAUUUACAGGCAAUUUUGGCCAGUCCGCCAGUGAGAAGAAAUUUUUGGAAAUAAAGAUCAAAAUUUCCUAAUUGAAGUCCAGCAAA